AGCUAGAAAUUUCUCGAUCCAGGUUUUGUACAAAUGUUUUAAAAUUCGAGAUGGCGUGACCUUUUUACUCAAGUUUUGACCAGUGUCUAAUGGCUUACAACGUUCUUUUUCAAUUUAUAAAUCUCUCAGAAAUUGAGGUAGACCAAUAUAUGGAUAUCAACACUUGACAGUAAUUUGACUUCGCGUUGAACCUUUUUGUCUGUAGCUGUGACCGGUAGUUAUAAUUUUCAUGAUGGCUGCCUCCUUCGUAAAUAUGACUUCUGGAGUGUUAAACAAGUCAAAUAAUUAUUUGAUUGGAAUUGGCCGCUAUUCUUUAAAUUAUUUUAUAAAAACUCCUGCUUACUCAACAGCUCUUUCUGUAAAUGCUGCAAGCAACAAGCCAGGUGUGAGGUCUCGAGGUAAACGAUCUUCACAGAAUGCUAGACAGAGAAGAGUGUUGCCUGCAGAACCUAGAACAGAACUCAUGCCUACAGACCAAGACUGGACCAGUGUGUACCCGUCAGCAGCAGUAUUCAAACCAUCUGCUGUACCACUUCCCAUUCGAAUGGGUUAUCCAGUAAAGAGAGGUGUGCCACCAGAAAAGAAAGGGAACCUGGAGCUCAUGAAAAUUCCAAACUUUUUACAUUUAACACCAGCUGCAAUCAAAAAACACUGCUCUGCUCUGAAAGAUUUCUGUACGGAGUGGCCUGCUGCAUUAGACACCGAUGAGAAAUGUGAGCAGCAUUUUCCCAUUGAGAUUGUCACCACAGAUUAUGUUUCUGCAGGACCUUCAGUUCGCAGUCCUAAAGCAAGAAUAGUAAAACUCUCGGUUAAACUUUCCAGGCUGAACAUGGAUGAUCAUGCAAGAAAGAAGUUCAUUAAACUUGUAGGAGAGCGUUACUGCAAGGACACUGAUACCCUAACCAUUACAACAGACAGAUGUCCUCUACGGAGGCAGAAUUAUGACUAUGCUCUGUACCUGCUAACAGUUCUGUACCAUGAAUCAUGGAAAACAGAACCAUGGGAAAGUGAAAAGACAGAAGCUGAUAUGGAAGAGUACAUUUGGGAGAACAGUGCAUCAGAGAAAAAUGUUUUGGAGACACUUCAGAGAAUGAGGGCAGCUGAUAACAGUCCCACAGUGACCCAUGAAGAGCUUGUUAAAUCUGAUGUGAUAGAGGAUUACAAGAAUUCUAUAGUAGCACUUAAAAAUCUUGGAGAAACUGAAAGCAGUGUGUCGCAGUAUAAACAGUCUGUACUAAAACUUUUACAUUUGCAAACUUAAAACAUCCUGUGAGUGUCCACAGUCAUUUGUGCUAAUUAUAAAUAUCAAUAAAGUUAGAGGGAGAACAAACUUUCUUUCUAUUGUUGAUCAUGUCACAGAAGGCAGUAUAACGGCUGAAGAGGCAUUGAAUGUAGCACCUUGGUAAAAAAUAUUGGUAGGUAUGUGGCUGGUGCCAUUAUUUUGUUGUAAUUAUUCCUGUUUUUCUAAUAUGUUUUUUUUCAACAAACAAAAUAAAUACAUUUCUAGACAGAUAUGAAA